CUGGGCCAUGAGCCAGUGUGCGGAGGCAGCGGCGGUGGCAGCCACCGUGCCGGGCGCGGGCAUGGGGAAAGCCGGGCUGCGGCCGCCUAUGGUGCCCCGCCAGGCGUCCUUCUUCCCGCCGCCUGUGCCCAACCCUUUCGUGCAGCAGACGCGGAUGGGAGCCGCGAGGUGUCUCCAGAUUUUCUUUCUUGGAAUUAUCCUGCUUCCAAUCCGUGCCUUGUUGGUCGCAUUAAUUGUAUUACUCGCCUGGCCAUUUGCCACCAUUUCAACUGCAUGCUGUCCUGAAAAGCUGACCCAUCCAAUAACUGGUUGGAGGAGGAAAAUCAGUCAACCAGUUUUGAAGAUUCUGGGUCAUGCCAUGUUCUUUUCAAUGGGGUUCAUAGUUACUGUGAAGGGAAAGGUGGCGAGACCCACGGAGGCCCCAAUUUUUGUCGCUGCCCCCCAUUCCACAUUCUUUGAUGGGAUCGCUUGUGUCGUAGCCGGGUUGCCCUCAAUGGUCUCUCGAAACGAGAAUGCACAGGUUCCUCUGAUUGGCAGACUGUUACGAGCUCUGCAGCCAGUGCUGGUGUCCCGGGUGGAUCCAGACUCUCGAAAAAACACAAUAAAUGAAAUAGUAAGGCGAGCAACAUCAGGAGGGCAGUGGCCACAGAUACUAGUUUUCCCAGAAGGUACUUGUACUAAUCGUUCCUGUUUGAUUACUUUUAAACCAGGAGCCUUCAUUCCUGGAGUUCCGGUGCAGCCGAUCCUCCUCAGAUACCCAAACAAGCUGGAUACCGUGACUUGGACGUGGCAAGGAUAUACAUUCAUUCAGCUUUGUAUGCUUACUUUCUGCCAGCCCUUCACAAAGGUGGAAGUUGAGUUUCUGCCUGUUCAGGUACCAAACGAUGAAGAAAAAAGUGAUCCCAUCCUUUUUGCUGGUAGAGUCCGGAAUUUAAUGGCUGAAGCUUUGGGAAUUCCAGUAACAGACCAUACCUACGAAGACUGCAGAUUAAUGAUCUCAGCAGGACAGCUGACAUUGCCUAUGGAAGCUGGGUUGGUGGAAUUUACCAAAAUAAGCCAGAAAUUGAAGUUAGACUGGGAUGGUGUUCGUAAGCAGUUGGACGAGUACGCAGUAAUCGCAAGUUCUUCAAAAGGAGGACGAAUCGGAAUUGAAGAAUUUGCGGAGUAUUUGAAGCUGCCUGUUUCAGAUGUCCUGAGACAACUCUUUGCACUCUUUGAUAGGAACCACGACGGCAGUAUCGACUUCCGCGAGUACGUGAUCGGCCUGGCUGUCUUGUGCCACCCUGCCAACACGGAGGACAUCAUUCAGGUGGCAUUUAAGCUCUUUGAUGUUGAUGAGGACGGCUACAUAACAGAGGAAGAGUUUACUACCAUUUUGCAGGCUGCUCUUGGGGUGCCCGACCUGGAUGUUUCUGGUCUCUUCAAGGAGAUAGCCCAGGGGGAUUCUGUGUCCUACGAGGAAUUUAAAAGUUUUGCCCUAAAGCAUCCAGAAUACGCUAAAAUAUUUACAACCUACCUAGACCUCCAGACGUGCCACGUGUUCUCAUUACCGAAGGAAGUCCCGCCAACUCCCUUGUUCGCCAGCAAUAAAGUCAGCCCUGAAAAUCAUGACGAGAGCCCCUCAGACAAAAAAGAUGACUGAAAGCAAAUAUUUACAAUAAGGGAAGGAUUUUCCUUGAAAUUGCGAAGGCAUUUGUUGAUAGUGUUUUCAAAGUGAUUUCUGAGUAAUGAUGUUUAAAACGAAGAGCUUUUUAAAAAAAAAAUGGUAGCUUUUCUUAUUAAAUUGCUUUUAUCCAUGUAUGUGUAUUAUUAAGUAAUAUUCCCUAUCUUUUAUGUUAUAUUGUGUUGUACCGAGGGGUUUCCUGGUGACAAAGAUGUUUUUAUGGAUUUUCCACUUUAAUUUGCAAAUGCAAAUGAAUGAAAUGAUCUCAUUUAUUUACUGAUGAACAUUAAUCAAUGCUGCAGAGAGUUUUAAAAAGUGCGAACACUCUUUAAUCUACUUUCCUCUAAGGACAUGAAGUGGUAGUGUUAUUCGAAUCCCUUCUCAUUCCAGAAAUAGGAACGCUGCGGGAUCUUAUGCCUCUAACUUCCCAGAUGCAUUCUUUCAUUUCUAGUUCAGUUUCUUGGAUCACUGAAUAUGAUGGAUUGGAAGGGAGAGCUCCCGUUAAUUCGAUGAGACUUCUUAGAUCUCAUAUCCUCUUAAUUGCAGAUUUCCUUACCCACCUGCUAAGGAAAUCAUAUCGUUCUACAGUUUAGAUCUUUGUAUUAAAGAGCAAGGCUAUGGCCAAAGGCUAAGUGGGAAUUGCCUUAUUGCAGGUAACCAUGACUACCUGCCUGGUGAGAACAUGAAUCACUUGCCACGGAGCCUAGUUUGAGUUGGGGUAGUUCAGAAUGUAGGGCUUCCCGAAGAAGGUGAGGCAACAGCUUAACCCCCUGGAAAGAAGCUAGGCAGUGACAUCUUUCCCUCAGGUGACACAGUGAUCUCCCCCAAGUGCCAUUUUUAUUGGAUGUCACGCAUCAUACCUAUUGUUAAUGUCGCCCGCAUUUGAAAUUUUGAACAGAGUAUCAAUUUAUAUAAUGCGAUGUACAAAAAAGAAUAGUUGGUUCAUUUCCGAAUUCUGUCUUUGAAUUCGGUCUCCUUGUAUUGGUGGUGUUUCUGAAUAUAUUGCCGAUUUACCCCCAAACUCAUUUUUUAAAGCCAUUUGUGAAGGGGGGGGUGGGAUUCGUCACAAGAGGUGAGUCAUCAUUUCAAACUAGUUUUACACAUUAAGCUAUGAGUGUUCUAAUUUAAUGAAUGAAUUUGGAUGUUAAAUGUGUUAUCCUUCCGUGUAUAGGGUUGUUUGCUUUUUUGGUGUCUUAAAGCUGUGUAGACAGAAUAUUUAAUGAGCUGAAAACAGUUGCUUAAGUAAUUAGAAAAAUACCUCUUUAAUAGUAGUGUCUGCAUAUGCAGUGAGAAGGAUGUACUACUCAGGUACCCUGAUUGCUUUUUAUCAUAGAAAAGCCACACAUUACUCCUAUGACUUAUGAAAAAGUAGCAUUGUAAACCAAAAGUUUUCUAUGAAGGUCUUGAAAACAAUCCCUUUGUUUUACUGUCUUAAAAUAAUAUCUUAUGCUCUUGAAGUCCACUUCUGCCAAUGUAAUAUUCCUAUUUUAUUAUGUUACUUGAAUAAACAAACUUGCUACAUAAAAUU